GGAGCGCAUGAAACCACCUCGAGUUGUGCAUUUGUUCGUAUUGGAUUUAUGUUCGCAAUUUGUGAUGAAUCAUCGUGGAUUUUUCGAUCUUCACCAUGGCGGUCAUGGUCGUCACCAUGAUUUCAACGAUCGUGGGCCUUUUGCAGUGUGGAGGCCCCAUCAUUUCCAUAGUCGUGGUCCACCUAAUUGGCCUAGACGGCAAGUUGGGCACCCGGGAAGCCACGAACAGCAAAUUCGGCGAAUUGUCAGAGAAUUCUUCGAAAGGGCGUGCCGUCAUGAACCCGAACGAAGGGGAUGUGGACGAUAUGACCGAACAAGGGGCAGACAUGUUGAGUUUGAUCCUUGGAAACUCCAUGUCAGGAGAAGGCGAUGUUGCCCAUGCAAUCCAGACAGGAUGGCUGAUCAAAUUGGAGCUGGAUCGUCAUGCGAUAAUUUGCCCAGAUGCCUGCCUGUAUCUUCCCCAGAACAUUCAGGUGAAAGAGGCACGUUACCAGGUGACAAAAAAGCACCUCGAAGCAAAUGUGGCAGAAGAAGCUGCUGCAUUCGUUUGCGAAGAACUAAGAAGUGCUGUUGCGGUAAAUCCUGCAGAAUUGAAGGGGGGAGCGAUGCAAACAAAGAUUUGCCUACAUCAGCAGCCGAUGAAACUGAAACUGAUCGGGAAUGUGAAACCACUAUCAUUGAUCUGGAUAAUGAAGCAGAAGACUCCAAGAACGGCAACUGAAGAGGAGAUUUGUUGGGCACGAAACAAUCUGCUUCGACUUCCAUUGCUUAAAUUCAGCUGUAACUUUAUUUAGAACAUUUCGUUUAGCAUGUAUUUCCAACCGUUAUCAUGUGUAAAAUAGCAAACAUUCCGAAAACUGCGAAGAAUACAUGCAUUACAGCAGUUGCAGGUGUGCAGUUUGGUAAAGAAACCGCUUUACCAAUUUGCACCCUGGGAACUUUUUCCUCAUUUGUCUCUAACUUCUGCAAGUCGAAUAGAUUGUUAUUUUACACUUGAUAACGGUUUGACAUACAUCCCAAACGAAACGUUGCAAACAAAUUUACAUCUAAAUAGAAUCAAUGGAAGUCCGAACUUAUUAUUUCUUGAAAUAGCAUUGGUUUUAUAUAUUGUAAUGUUAUUUUUUAAUAACAUUUAGGCUACCCAUAUAACAAGUUCAAGGUAGCACAUAGAGUAAAACUUGAAUAAUAAAUGUGCAUUUAAGCAAUA